AUUCAAAACGGUUACAAUUCUCCGGAGCAGCGGCGAGAACGGUUUGGGACUGGGUAGCGCCCACAGGGCGGGACCCCACUUCCCGGGUAUUCAUCCUCUUUCGUGGGACUAAAUCCAGCCGUCGGCGGCUAUUUAUUUAUUUGUUUGUUUACUUGGGGCGGAGGGUGUCGCUUCUCCUAAGCGCCCUCGCCACCCUGGAAGCCAUGGAGUUCAAGGUGGAGGCGCACCGCAUCAUGACCAUCUCCCUGGGCAAGAUCUACUCGUCCCGGGUGCAGAGGGGCGGCAUCAAGCUGCAUAAGAACCUGCUGGUGUCCCUGGUGCUGAGGAGCGCCCGUGAGGUCUACCUGAGCGAACAAGAGGAGCUCUACCUGCAGCAGCAACAGCCGCCCGAGGAGCUGCAAACCCCGCAGAGUUGGGCUUCCAGGAGGAGACUCUGCGACUCGUCCGCCCGCGGGCAGCCUCCCCACGGCUGGGCCGAGGGGCCAAGUAGCGAGCCCGAGCCUCGGCUGCCCGCUUGGACUGAUGGCGACCGAGCCGAGGACAGAGUGCAACCUCCCGGCUGGCUUGACUCUCGGUCGCCCAAGACCGAGCCCUUCGAGGGCCGGCCUGUAGUGAACAGGGCUCCUUGCCAGGGGCCGGAAGCGGGUAGCGGCAACACUGGCGAACAGGGGGCCGGCUGCCCGUCCCGGACGGUCGGCGAGCCGGCACCGAGUUGCCCGUGCGCCCGCAAGAGGAGGAGUGCCGGGCCCGGGGCGACCGAACCCGCUAGCCCGCUGAAAAGGGCCAGGACUGAACAGGAGCUGGCGGUGUCCCCUAAGGCCGCCCGCGUCCCCCUUCAACAAGAGGAAGAGGAGAUGGAGACUUCCCCUAACGUCUCUAGUCUCAUCACCGUCUUCGGGUCUAGUUUCUCCGGGCUCCUGACCAAGGAAAGCAGUGAGGGGGAGAGUGGCCAGGUCUGCUGUGAUCAAGUACUGGGCAGUAUGGGUUCUUGGAGCAGGGCGAUUGUCGCCUUUUGAGAAACACCUCGACUCCCUUCUCUUCUGACUGAGACCAGGACUGGCUUCAAUUGGUUCUCAUUUCCUCCUUUUUGGAGGGAGGGAAUUGGCUGGGUUUGAAAUGUUCGUUUUCCCCCAGUAGGAGCGCCUCUACAACCACGUGGAGAGCAGCCUCCCUCCUCCUCCACCCACAGUGAGGAAGUGUAGAGGGCUAGGCGUGUACUGAGCUGCUGGGCUUGUUGGGAGGGGUUACACUUUCCAUUUGACUGUGGUGGAGGGCUGUCUUACCGCCAGACCCACCUACCCACCCCCUUCCCGUUUUUAAUAGUUUAAUUUUCGGUUUAAAACGUGUCAUUUCCCCCUCAGCCCGAUCCAAGAUUCAUUGGAAGGCAGCAAGACUUGUGAAUUGUUUGUAUACAGUUUCAUGUCUCCAAUGCCUUUUUAUAUAAAACUCAAAAUGUUGCUGAGGUCGAUAUCGAAUUACUACUUCCUUUUCUCCUCUCCUUCCCUCGCGCGCGCCCCCCCCCCCCUCCGUUGCCUCCCACGUAACUGAUUUGGGCACGUUUCUGUACUUAAAAGUUGUCUUUGUUCUAUAAAGACUUUGGAAAAUGUGUUGGAUUAUUCACUAUUUUUUAGCUGUAGUACUAUGUUUAUAUGAAUGGUGUAACUUACACGAA